GACAAAAUUCACUGUUUCUCUUUCGCGUUCUUGUUCUUCUUUCAAAACAGCACCGUAUAAACACUCGGAGUUCAUUAUAUAACCUUUCACCUUCCAUUGCAACUCCCAAACCACAAUCUCAUGGCUGAAUCUACUACCCUCGCCGUCUUUGUCAUUCUCAUUCUCAUUCUCGCCGGAUAUUCCUCCUCCAGAGACCUCCGUCCUUCCGAUCACGGCCUUCUCUUUCAGACCUUAUCACCGGCGGGAACGCAUUCUUCGCCAGAAAUGAGAUCCUUCUUCAACAGUGACAAUUCAUCCCCGACAGUGUCGUCUUCGUCUUCCUCCGACGUGGCAAUGCCAAAUGCCAUUACAACGGAUAACCCCACUCCACGACCGCCGUCAUGGAGUAGAGACUCCGGGGAAGACGGAGUUGCAAAUGCAUUGAAGGCGGCUAGUUUAGCGUGUGGAAUCGUGGGAGCCUUUCUGAUUUUGGCUUCCAGUUUGAUCUAUGUGUUCAAAUACAGAAAGCGGGUACAAAAUGAAGCUUUGCGUGGUAACAAUAUUGGUGAAAUAGAAAAUGAUGAUGGAAAUAACAAAUUGCAAUUAGUGCUACGGGACCCUUCGAGUUGAGUUUGUGGCUUAGACUAUAUUUUAAAAUUUAAACUAUUGUGUAAUUUUUUUAUUGCUGUGUCAAGUAGUUUUCGGUAACUCGUUGAUCGUAAGAAUAAGAAAGAUAGCAUACGGUGGCUUCAGGCUUGUGAGACAAGUUAGUAAGCUAAUUAACUACUAGGUAGACAUCGCCUCUAGAAGUUCGUUGAAAUUUUGUACCUAAUUCUAGUUGAUAUUAGUUAGGAUCAUUGCAUCUAUAUACGUGCAUUAUCACUUUGUAUUACUCUUAUUUUAUGAAUGGAAUAUAUAUUUGAUCCUAAAA